AUGUCCGACCAGAUUCACCUUGCAGAGUACAUCGUCGAGCGGCUCAAGCAGGCUGGCGUCAAGUCUAUCUUCGGCGUCCCAGGCGACUACAACCUCGAGCUUCUCGACUACUUCGAAUCCGACCCCACUCUCCAAUGGGUUGGCAACGCCAACGAGCUCAACGCAGCCUACGCGGCCGACGGCUACGCCCGCACCAACCACGGCCUAGGGGUCCUGGUAACGACGUUUGGGGUCGGCGAACUCUCGGCCCUAAACGGCAUCGCAGGUUGUCUUGCCGAACGCAUUCCCGUUCUCCACAUCGUCGGCGCUCCCAGUACAGCUAUGCAGAAGGAGCACGUGCUCCUGCACCACACGCUCAAUACCGAGAGCUCGUUCGACACGUUCAGCAAAAUGAGCGCACCCCUGUCUUGCGCUACGGCUCUGCUGUCGCAAGUUACGCCCGAGGCCGAUACGAGUUAUAGUGACGCCUUUGACAAGGCGCUCGCGGAAUGUCUUACACAGUGUCGGCCGGCUUAUGUCGAGCUCCCGAUGGACACCGUGCGGAGCAUGGUGUCUUCCGAGGGCCUCGAGAAGCCUCUCCCACAGCCAUCCUCCGCCCCGCCAUUCGGUGAGAACGCCCCCCUCAACCCCGGGAGCACACCGACCAACCAGCUCUUCCAGAGCACUGACGACCACUUUGAUGCGCCCCCCGAGCUCGUGACCUCGCACGUCGUUGACGUCAUUACGAAAAAGUACGCGGCCGCCAAGCGCCCGACCGUCCUAGUCGACGCCUGCGCGGCCCGCUUCGGCGUUGGCGACCUCGUCCGUGAGCUGGUCGAGUCGUGCGGGCUUCGCUUCUUCACCACCCCAAUGGGCAAGGGAAUCCUGGACGAGCGCCACCCGCUCUUCGGCGGCUGUUACGCUGGUUCAAACUCCCUCGCUACCGUCAAGGAUGAGAUCGAAGCCUCCGACUUUGUGCUGUACGUCGGUGCCCUCAAGUCCGACUUCAACUCUGGCUCCUUCACCAUCGGCAUUCCGACGGAACACGCCGUCCGCCUACACUCCUUCACGACGAAUGUGGGAUUUGCGGCCUACCCAACGACCGAUAUUCGGCACGUGCUCCCACUCCUCCUGCCCGCAUUCAAGAAAGUCAAGAGUCGGCCGGCGAAGCACGACUCUCUAGAGGAGAAGAUCAAGGCUGGCAACGUCAUGGCUUUCAAGAAGAUGCCGGAUAACGAGGACGGCAAGAUCGUCCAUGCGUGGCUGUGGCAGCGCAUGGCGGCUUGGUUCAAGGACGACGACGUCAUUAUCACAGAGACGGGGACUAGCUCGUUCGGACUGCUUCCCAUUCCCCUGCCUAGUCGGUGCACUUACGUCACCCAGGUGCUAUGGGGGAGUAUUGGAUGGAGCGUGGGCGCGGCGCUGGGGUGCGCCCUGGCUGCGGACGAGCAGGGUGGGCGCCGGACGGUGCUGUUUGUCGGCGACGGGUCUUUCCAGCUUACCGUCCAGGAAGUCGGGACGAUCGUGCGCCGGGGCGUGCCGGCGUACAUCUUCGUUCUCAACAAUGACGGGUACGAGAUCGAGCGCCUGAUCCACGGCCCGAACGCUGGAUACAACGAGAUCCAGAUGUACAACCUGCAGAUGUGCCUUCCCUUCCUUGGGGGGAAGAAGCCGGCCGUUCCUUACGAGAGCUUCAAGGUCAGCACGCAGGGCGAGCUGCAUGCGCUGCUCCAGGACCGGGCGUUCGGCGUGGCUGACAAGGUCCGGCUCAUUGAACUCGUCAUGCCCCGCGGCGAUGCGCCAGCCGGACUCAUCAAGCAGGCGCAGCUUACGGCCAAGGCGAAUGCCAAGUAA